AUGGGCAGGUACGUGGUUGCUUUUGGCCCAAACAGAGAGGAUGUUGGUAUUUGCGACACUUGCAAUGAAUAUCAUGAAGGUGAAGGUGAAGGUGAUGUUGAUGUUCAUCAAGCAAGAAGGGGUCAAAACCACAACAUUGGUGGCAAUAGCAUUUAUUCAAACAAAGGCAAGCGUGCAGGGAUUAGCAAAGUUGGCAACCAGUACUACAAGAAAUCGAGCGUACCAUUUCUUCUUAUAUAG